AUGAAGUACCUUUUGUUGACCAUCCUACCUUUAUUCGUUCUGAAUUCUGAAGCCAAGCCUCCAGUUGCUAUCGGCCUGGGCGAUGACAAUUUUUUGCAACUUUUGGAAGGGGAAAUAGUUAGAACGUUGAGAAGCGAAUUGAGCAGUGAUGAUGAUCUGCAAAAUCUGGAAGGAAGUGGAGUGGAUUCAGUGGAAGACGAUGGGUAUUUGAAUAAAGCCGACUCCUUGACAUUAGCAUCCACCACACCUACCCUUGAACCGACAACAACGACCACUGAAACAACCACAACCACCACAACCACAACAACAGUUGCUCCCAUAACAACAACUGCUCUAACAAGAAAACUGGCCCAAGGACCACCACAAUGCAUUGUCAACAAAGAAUGCUAUAAGGAUUCUGAAUGCCCAUCGGGAAAAUGCCUGGGAAGUGAACUUGGAGUAUGUGACUGCAACGCGUGCAUCACAAACCGUAAAUGCGACAGUGACGUGGAUUGUGGAGGACUUCGAAACGCUUGUGACUCAACUGGAUAUUGUGAUUGUGUCAAAGCCUUUCACUCUCAUGGAUACGAACUUUUCGUAAAAGUUCUCCUAACUUUUUGCCACCAAACAAAGUGUACACAAGACACUGAUAACUGCUACGGGCUGCCUUGUCGUGUUGGAAGAUGCAAGUGCGCUCCAGGAGCAAAGUCGAGUCUUCCAGUUCAUUAUUUCAAACCAGGAGGGAAGUAA